CUAAAAAAGACUUAUUUUUUCUUUUUUUUUAAAAAAAAAAAAAAUCAUAAAAUUGAAAAAUGUCAACAGAAGACGACUUUCUUUUCGACAAUCUUGACUUCAGAGUACCUCCGGCAAGGGACAUUGGCCCUGAACGUGAACGGAUUAUCGUGGACCCUUCAAAAUAUGUCGAGCAUUUAACACAGGCUUGGAUUAAUGAGCGCGCUGCGCCAGAUGUACUCCAAUACGAGCAAGCAACUGUGGACGGUCUACUGGCAAAGAUCGAGGAACAGACUGCAGCCAUUGAUGAUCUGGACUCAGGAAAGGAUGCUGCGAUGAUCAUCUCUAUAUUAUAUCAGACGGAGCUGGAGAGAGUGAAAUUCGUUCUGCGGAGUUAUUUGCGGACUAGGAUAUCGAAGAUCGAAAGGUUUUGUGAAUAUAUUUUGUCUGAUCCAUCCUCAAAAGAACGACUCUCGAGAGCAGAAGUCAUAUAUGCUGAAAACUACUCUCGAGUAACAAGACAACACUAUCAUUCCAGCUUCUUAUCUUCAUUACCGCCAUCACUUCAACACCAGGAUGAUACAGUGUUUGACAGAGGACUAAGCAUGAUUUCACAACCUAGGCUUGAUGAAGCAGUGUUUUGUCGAAUAAUGGAGGACAUAGGCGAUUUCCAACUCGAAGAUGAUGAGACGGUUGAACUGGAAACAGGACAGAUCUACAUCUUCCGCUAUCGAACAGUUCGUGUAUUACUUCAAAGAGGUCAAAUCGAACUUAUUUGAUUCCAAUCUUGAC